AUGUCUUGGGCUGAUUUGGUUAAUAAUAAUUUGGUUGGUUCCGGUAAUGUUUCUAAAGCUGCAAUUUGCGGUUUUGAUGGAUCAAUUUGGGGAAAAUCCGAUAAUUUCAAGUUAGAUGCAGCAGAAGCUGCAGCAGCUGGUAAAGGAUUUCAAAAUAAAGAUACGUUAUUAGGAACGGGUAUGAAAUUUGAGGGAGAGAAAUAUUUUGUGCUACAAGCUGAUGAUGAAAGAAUUAUUGGAAAAAGAGGAUCAACCGGAUUUUUCAUUUAUAAAACUGGACAAGCAGUGAUAAUUUCAAUAUACGAAGGUGGCGUACAACCGGAACAAUGCAGCAAAACAACGGGAGCUCUUGCCGAUUAUUUUAAAAGCAUAAAUUACUAA